GUUUGCACGUGUUAGUCUAGGGCCCCCUUUUCCGCUUGCACCAACGGAAUCGCAUCUUGUCCUCAUCCACCAUGCUCCUGCCCGACGCCACCUACGCGCUGCAGGGCUUCCAUACGCGACUAGGAGAGGCUCUGCCAUCUAAUCCACAGAAACAGGCAUACAUCGUUCGCUUAUCACGCCAGACUCUUGACGCCCUCGAUGCCUCAGAGCAUCCCCAAUUACAGUUCGAGCUUGGCGACAAGCCGGGAAUCUUUGUCGAUGGUGCCUUCUUUCCCAUCAAAACUCAGCACGAAAACAUCCGCCACGAACUCUACCUGCGUACCCCGUCUGCGCUCAAACCCAAUGUACCUCUCAGAUUACACGCAAAUAUCACCGGAAAGCUCACGGUUGAACCUACGCUUGACAAGGAUCUUUCCGAGCAGAUCCAGCAGAGAACAUUGGAUGCCGCCAAGCAGAAGGAGGUACACAAGACAAAGUUCAUUGACCCGCCUCCCGAUCUUGCGCCUCCAACAAAACAAAAGAAGAAGCAGCAAGCAGCCUCGUCGAUGUUUAGGAGGCCAUUACGUCCGUCUGAUCAGACAGCACGACCGAACCCCACUCCCGCUUCAGCAGCAUCGACUUCUUCUGCUCCGCCUCCACGUCCCAGAUCUCCUCCUGACAAUCCAGCGCGUGCUGUAGCCCAGUCGUCUCUUAGAAUCCGUCUUAUUCGAUAUCUGGCAAAAGGCGACCGCAAAGCUGACGACGCCGUCAAGGCUGUCGCACCAAGUUGUGAUGCCACUCAUCGACGAGAAAUUUUGGAUGUUUUGCAAGAGAUCGCUGAACCUGUGUCCGCGUCGAAGAAGGAUGGUCGCUUGCGUCUCAAAAAUACGUCUUACCAGCAUGUUCGCCCUUACGAAUGGCCCGGUCUCUCAGAUUCAGAGCGACACACCAUAGCCCGGGCUGCAAGGGUAGCUCUGAGCUCCCUUGGAAUUCCUGAGUCCGACCCCACCUGGACCCACGUCGUUUACCGCCCUCCGGCGACAACACCAAUUGCGGGCGCCUCGGCCGAAGCGCCUCCAAUGCGAUCUGUGGUGACAAAGGCCGUGAAAGAAAAGAAGGGGAAAGCCAAGGUGCCUGAAGUCAAGACGGAGCCCAAAGCCAAUACUAAACCGAGUGUGGCGCCCAAGGGCAAGGAAACAGACCUCGGAGCAGGUAGUCUGUCUGCUAGCACGCCUCCAACAAAAACUGCACCUUCUGCUCUUACUCGGAAGCCGCCAGGGUCGGGAUACAGGGCGCCGAGGUCGGAGGACGGCAGUACUUCUUCUCGUGUUAAAUCAGAGGAAGGAAGUCGAUCUCGGGACCUGCCACCGAGCAGCACCGCUCCUGCCGCUCCCAUCCAGCGCAUCAAGAAACUCAGACAGUCAGCCGGAGAUGGGCACGGUUCGGAUUCUGAACGGCCAAGACGGGACUCUGGGGGUGAACGAGAUAAAAACAGCAGAGACCUCGCAUCGUCCACUUGUAACAUCAAGCGCAAAAAACCUCGAGAUGAUGAUGAUGAGGAAUAUGGCAAGUCGAAGCGGCGGAGGAUUGGGGAAGGCGCCUCGGUGCCUUCCGGAAGCAGGGAGUCCUCAUCGAACAAGAAGCCGAUGCCAGACUUAGCUGUACAUCCAAAGGCAAUCAAAAGAGAACCUUCACCUCUUCCUCCCCUUGCGCCUGCGAAGAAGGCUGCUCACCGUCCACCGCUUCUAUCCCAAUCCCCUCAGUUGUCCGCCCGUGUGACGGCAGGCGGCUCAGGCACUGCAAAUGGACGGUCGCGUCGCCAUCGCUCGCCUAUAUACACAUCGUCUGAAGACGAGGGAGAAAUCAAGCAGGAACGUCAGCACCGAUCCCCUGGUCCCUUCCCUUCUCCCCCGACGACGACACCUUCAUCUAUGGCCUCGAAUUUAACCAACGCUCAGGAAACCCAGCGUCCGCUGCCCAUAGAUCGUGCCUCCUUGCGCAAGGGCUAUGUGGCGGCUUAUGGGCGUUACAUCAAGUCAUUCACCAGAUUGGUUGAGCAGCGAGAUAGGGUGAAUGCCCUGUUGAAUGCGUUUGACGAUUCUGCCGGGAGCAUCACUGAUUCUGAUGGGGACGUAGAGUUGUUGGAUGUGGAGGCGAUGCAGAGACUAAAAGUCGAGUUUGCCAGACAUACGGAAGAGCUAGAGUCGAUCCGGAAAGCAUUUGAAGUCGCUGCCAGAUGAAUGUAUGUAUUAGGUUCCUCGGAAAUUAUGUAUUAUAUUAUUGCCCAUCUGUAUUUAUGAUAAUAAAUUUGAUUUAUUCUGGUUGUCGUAU